CCGUCAUUCCCUUUGGCAGGAGUCGAGCUCGGCCCGCCUCAUUCAAAUUCAUAUUUAUCCAGGAAAAGAAAUUUCCCUGAGCGGCUAGGAAAAGGAAAAAUAUCGUGAAACUCGACGAAACUUUUCUGGCCAUAUUGCGAAAAUUUUCCCCGUCGUGUGUGUGCGACUGGCGAAAAAUUUAUUGUGGGGGUUUACGAUAGAAGCACGUGCUUACCCGGAAUCGCCGAAAUUUCAUGGUAAAAGCGUUAGUAGUAGACGAUAACGUUGUUCAGCGGAGGCCGUAUUACCUAAGGAAGAUUUCCAAUUUCGGUAGAAAAUGAAUGCUGAAAAGCUGAAGCGCUUACAGGCGCAAGUUCGCAUAGGCGGCAAGGGUACUCCUCGUCGCAAGAAGAAGGUUGUCCAUCAGACCGCGGCGACGGAUGAUAAGAAACUGCAGAGUUCGCUGAAGAAGUUAAAUGUUACCACAAUACCCGGCAUCGAGGAGGUUAACAUAAUAAAAGAUGACCUUAGUGUGAUCCAUUUCAACAAUCCUAAAGCCCAGGCUUCGUUAUCAGCGAACACAUUCGCGAUAACAGGACAUGGGGAAAAUAAGAAAGUUGUGGAGAUGCUGCCUGAUAUAUUGCCGCAGCUUGGCCAAGAGACUGUAGUGCAACUGAGAAGGUUCGCCAGUAAUAUGUCGGUUGGCAAAACGCUCAGUGGAAUUGCUGAAGACGAUGAUGUUCCUACAUUGGUUGGUAAUUUCGACGAGGCUUCUAAAAAUGAAGUGCCAAAUACGAGUAAAGCGGCUAACGAUGAAACGAGACCUCAAGGCGAUGUCUCUACUGAAGAUAUUAAAGCCCAAGAGAAGACAGAAAUAGUGGCUGAAGUGGAGGCUGCUACGAACGGCGCCAAGAUUGCCGAAGCAACAACUCGAGAGGAGGAAAAGUUGCCCGAAAGUGAGCAAAAGGGAAAAUCGCCUUCGAAAGAAAAGGAAAAGCCAGUCGAUAAUAAGCAGGGUAACAAGGAUAAAGCAGGUGGUGGUAAUAAUAAAAAGAAGGAGCAGCAGAAAAAGGGAGAUCAGUUGCAAGAGGGAAAAGCUAAGCAAAACAUUGCUCCAUCUGAUGGGAAAAAGACACCUGAAAUUGCCAAAGUAGCGGAUACCAAGGUGCGGCAAAAAUCGAAAGAACAGAAAAAGCAGGAAAAAAAUGCGAAUGUAAAAGAGGCGUCUGCACCAGUGUCGACUGGCCCUUCAAAGGUAUCGGAGUGUCCGCAACUUCCAGAAAAAGUUGAAACUUCAGAAAAAGUUGAGCUGCCGAAGUCUGAAGUUAAAUCAAUAGAAACAAAUGCACAACAGCGGAAAGAAGAAUCAAAGUCAGCAGAAACUGAAAAACAAACGGCGGCGUGCAAGCCCACGGAAGCUCCAAAGCCAAGUAAUGAAUCGAAAAUGAGCGAAGUUUUGAAACCACUUCAAACUUCUACCCCGGGAGAAGUUACGUUCGCUGAAAUUCUUAAGCCAGCUGGGACGGUGACACCCGAAGGAGCCAACAAGCCAGCUGAGUUUUCAAAACCAGCGGAAGUUAAAAAAUCAGGCGAAGUGCCGAAAGCUGCCGAGGUCCCAAAGGCUGCCAAUACUCCAAAAUCUGUCGAAACUACUAGCUCAGUGGAAACUUCAAAACCAACCAACAAAGCUUUGAAACCAACAGAAGUUCCGAAAUCUGCCGAAAUUCCGAAACCUGCCGAAGUUCCGAAGCCUGCCGAGACUCCAAAAUCUGCCGAACUUCCGAAACCUGCCGAGACUCCAAAAUCUGCCGAACUCCCGAAACCUGCCGAGCCUCCAAAAUCUGUCGAUGCUCCAAAAUCUACCGAUGCUCCAAAAUCUGCCAAUGCUCCAAAAUCUGCUGAUACUCCUAAGCCUGCCGAUUCUCCAAAACCUGCCGAAGCUCCAAAGCUAUCAGAGGUUUUGAAACCAGUAGAAGAUCCAAAACCAAUCGAGACCGCGAAAUCAGCCGAUGCCCCAAAACAUGCUGAAGCCACGAAAUUAGUCGAGACUCCAAAAUCAGCUGAGCCCCCCAAAUUAGUCGAAGCUGUGAAACCAGCUGAGGUUCCAAAAGUAUCAGAGCCGCUUAAAUCAACGGAAACUGCAACACCGUCUCAAGUUCCGAAAUUAGCGGAGGCUCCAAAAUCAACGAGUGCUUCAAAACCAGUAGAAGUUGCAAAACCGGUGGAAGCUUCGAAACCAGUGGAAGCUCCAAAACCUGCUGGACCUAUUAAAGCAACUGAAGGCCUACAACCUGAUACUUCGAAACCGUCUGAAUCUCAAGACCCCCAAACUACAAAACCAGCCAAUGCUCCGAAGAAGACUGAGGCUUCAAAAGCAACUGCAACCUCAAAACCAGUGGACGUUUCACAAGCGUCCACAGCAGCAAAACCAGUGGAGGCUCCACAAGUAGCAGACGCCCAGAAAACGGAAGCUACGAAGCCUUUUGAGGCUUCAAAACCAGCUGAAACUCCGAAAUCCGUGGAAGCUGCCAAAUCAAUUGAUACUUUGAAUCUAGCCGAGGUUCCGAAAUCAAUCGAAGUUGUAAAGCCCGCCGAGGCUUCAAAACCAGUCCCAGAGGUCCCGAUACAACCCGCGGUUUCGAAACCAGUUGAAAUUGGAAAAACGACUGAGGCUCCGACACCAACUGAGCUUCCUAAACUAGUGGAAUCUCCAAAGCCAAUUGAAAAACCUCCACCAUUGAAGACAGGGGAAACUACAAAAACAACUGAUUUGGCGAAAGGACCGGAAAGAGAGAAGCCAGGACAGUCUAACACAACAGAUACUCACAAAGAAGUUUCUAAGCCAUCAGAUACAUCGAAGGCAGAAGCGACCUCUGCGACUGGAGAAGUACGAGUAACAUCCGAGCCUGAUAAAGCACCGAAAAAAUCGCCGCCAAAAUCAGUAACACCCCCUACUCCGAAAUCCGAUCAGAAAAAAGGUGGUGGAAAGAAGCAGGAUGCGGCUGAUCAAAAGAAUAGUCCCGGAAAUAAAUCUCAGAAUAAUGGUAAGCCUAAGCCAAAGACACCACCGCCGGCAGUAAAGACUGACAAAGCUCAUGAUCAAUCACUGCCUAAUAUUGGCAGCCCGAAUGAAGAGAAAGCUGGCAAACUAGAACCAAAGAAGACUGAUGGGGCGCCAAGUAGUUCGGAAGUGGCGACGCACGAAAAUACCCAGCAAUUGACUGAUAACGUAGUGAAAUCGCAACAGCGGAAAUCUAAAUCGCCGCAAGCUCCACCGAAACCGCAACAGCAGCAAUCAAAGCAAGAUGUAAAGGGAUCGGAACAAAAGACCCGAGAUGAGCAACCUUCACAGCAGAAACCACAAGGGAAACCAUCGGAGGAAAAGGCUCCAGAGCAGAAAGCGCAAGGGCCGGUGAAACCAUCGCAGCAGCAGCAAAAACCGCAACAGCAGCAACAGAAACAACAACAGCAGAAACAGCAACAGCCAAAGGCACCGCAGCAGCAGCAAACUAAGCCACCACAGAAAAAGCCUGAAGCUGGCCAACAACAACAGAACAAGCAGCAGCCUAAACCAAAGGCGAAGAAGGAAGGUGGAGAUCAGAAAAAAUAGUUGGCUUCGUAAUUUUUGAGAAACGCUAUUUCCUGCUUUGGUUGAUUGCUUUUAAUUUCAUGUUUUUACCUUUGAGUUUUGAAUUUGAAUCAUGUUUUGUCGUUGUUUUGAGCUUUACCUUUUCCCUGCGAAUGAUUGCUACGUACUAACCAUAUUACUAACAAAAAUCGCGGAAGCUGCGGACCGUUCUAGUUUGCAGAGUUGUGUAGUGUUGUCGCUGGACCCCUCUUUCAAGACUUUUGGAUAUGUGAUCACUCUACUCCACGAGAUGCGCUAGAAUUUCAUUAUGAGGGGUAAUGAUCUGCGACGGAUACGAUGAGGUCUGCAAGCUAGAAUAGUUCGCUAUUCUGCAAAGUUUAAGCCAACAUUUCGUUUUAAGUUGAUACGAACGCUUGUCGUAGAGUUACAGUAUUGGAUAAUUGGGGCAGUAAUAUCGUUAGUUUGGCAUUUUGGGGCAUAGAAUACGAUCGCAAUUCUCCCCUCCCAUGAAUUUUGAAUCUUUUCAUUAUUUUAAUUGGAAAUUUUGAAAUUAUUUUACAAGGAUUCAUUAGUUUCGACUGAUUUUUACAUGUUUAUUUUUUAGUUAGUUUAAAAGCUCUAGUCCCCUAUGAACUGUGAUCUGAUAAACAUUACUCAUUGAAACGCCUUAUUGUUUAGGGUUGAACGUUUCGUCAAUUCGCGACGCCUGUAAACACUCUCUAGUCUUUAGUACAUCACCUUGCCAAUGCAUUUUAAUUUUCAGUAUCGUAUUAUAGUGAUUUAUUGGAAUCAGAUAUCCCUAGUUGCCAAAAAAAUAGGAUACCGUUCUGAACGGUUGGGUUAGGAAAGUGGUUAUAAACCGAUUGAGAUACUGUUGAACUAAAUUUCUGGAAAAUAUUUGAAACUAUUAUCAUUGAAUCGCAAAAACUGGAUGAAGUAGUUCGAAAAAUUCAAAGGUGCAAUGUGCUUUGAAAGCCGUCCUGACAGUUUUUGAACUUGACUGAUUUGAAAUUUUGGAGAUAGCGCAAUCCAGACAUUGGCGGAUUGCAAAUCUUUGUUUGGAAUUUCGGGUGGAACGUGCGGAGGUUUAAAUUUUCCCACUUUCUUAAGUAUACUUGACUUAAUACUCGUUUGUCUUGAACAGCUUGUAGGCAAUAAUUGAUUAACAGUCCUCACAGGGGCAUCGCCUGAAUCCUAGUGCGAUAUUUCUGAUAUUUGUCUUAGCCCUCUUGCUCUGUAAUUGUUUUGAUAAGUGAUUAAAGUGAAUUCGGUGAAUUUGAAAAUUCACAAUCCCUGCUUUUAUAACAUGUUUGCCUUGCGAAUCGAAUAUGAUUCUUUGUGUUUUUUUUUUAAUUUUUUCGUCCAUUUACUAUAUGCCGAAGCAUAUUUAGUUUCCUAAUAUAUUUGACGAGUCUCAAGAUUACGGAAUGUUGUACUGUGAUGUUUUCAUCUAUUUGUAUUUAAUUGGAAAAGAACGAAAGCACCGCGUGAUUUCUACACGAAUUUUGAUGUUUUAAUUCUAACGAAUUUGUUUAACUUUUUAAUUGUUUCGAUGAUCGUAUACAAAGUGUACAUUUGUAAUAAUCGAAAGGGUUUAAUAAAAUGUUAAAUAUCUAUAAAA